AUGGGCAACAGCCAGGGGAAGGAGGCACUGCCGGCUGCCAGAGGCCAUGCACGCCGCUCCAGUUCCGGCCUCGCCACCUCACCCACGACUGCCGGGCCCGCCGGCUCAUCUCACGAGAGAACGGGAAGUGGCAUAUACAGUUCCCGCAAUGGCAGAGGGAGCAGACCGGACCUCUCCUUCCUUGGCAUUCGGAGCGUAGAGACUGCGGAGCGCGACCCCGCCCUCGAGCCUCGCAGGGAGACCAAGGCCGAGCGAGAAGCCCGUAAGCUAGAGAAGGAGCGCAUCAUACGGGCACAGGAGCGCGAGAAGAGCUUGCGGGAAGAGGGUGUUGAUGGAGGCUUUCUCGUCACCCUCGGCGUAUACACGGGGCCAGAAGACUUCAGCAAGCCAACGGUGCGGCAACUGCAGAUUGAACGCCGCCUGGCUCCCUUCUGGAAGGGGCUCGACGACCACGAAGACACAUGGACCGAACAUCAAUUGGUGGCCGUAGUCAAGGGGUUGCCACUACCCGCUGCCGAUGAAAUUCCCCCAGAGGAGCCCCCACGGCCGGCCAACCACCUCAGCCCAGUGUGGAAUCCUCGCGGCUCAGAGUCCAACUUGAAUAGCCUCACAGUCCCAAUGGGCUCGCGUUCCAUGUCCCAAAACUCGGACCGAUCCAACCUCUCACCAUCAAAUCCCACUUUCUCGCUGCCCUCGCCAAUAUCCCCGAUAUCUCCAAACUCGAAUUCCGGCGGGACCUUUCGCGGUCGUGCCAAAACGCUGGCUUCGCUUGCCACCGGUUCGCGCAAUGCCUCGCAGACAGAGGUGGGCCCCCAGGAGAUGAAGCUUCCGCAAGACCCCUACGUUAAUGGCCAACGGGUCGAGGCCUUCUUAUACAAGAAUGCUGCCGAGUGUCCCAUCUGCUUCAUGUUCUACCCUCCACAUCUGAAUAAGACUCGUUGCUGCGAUCAGUCGAUAUGCUCGGAAUGCUUCGUGCAAAUAAAAAGGCCUGAUCCACACACGCCAGAGCAUCAUGGAGACGCGGAAGCUACACCGGCCGAGCCCGAGGAAGAAAUCAAUCUGGUCUCAGAACCGGCAACGUGCCCGUUCUGCAAAAUGCCAGAGUUUGGCGUCACAUAUGAAGCACCACCAUUUAGGCGCGGACUUGUGUACAGUUUUCAAGGUCAAGGUCCCUUGAGCAGCCCCACCUCAGCCAUGUCCUCGACAACGUCACUCAAUUCUCCGAAUAGUGCGCCGACGGGGCGGAGGAGAGCGACAUCACUCGCGGUCAACGACAAGGCGGUUGUGACUACCGACAUGGUCCGACCCGAUUGGGCGAAGAAACUUGCCGAUGCGAGAGCCCAUGCGUUGAGAAGAGCUGCUGCAGCCACAGCGCUUCACAAUGCCGCCUACAUGAUGGGCAGUGCGCAACAGCAAGAAAGUCGCUUCGCUAUCGGCCGAAGGAGGCGAAUGUUCGGUACCGACAGUGCCGGUAGCAGUGGCGUAGGAACACCACGACGCGAGGGUGAAGCGUCUUCGGGACGCGCCACAGAAAGCAUGGGUGACCUCUUUCCCGCACGUCUUAGUUCACGGCGAGGCAACAGAAUCGAAGAUCUCGAAGAGCUCAUGAUGAUGGAAGCCAUUCGUCUGAGUCUAGCGGCCGAGGAAGAUCGCAAACGACGAGAUGAGAAGGAAGCAGCCAAGGAGGCGAAAAAGGAGGGAAAGAAGAAGGCAAAGGAAAAUCGAAAAUUCGCAAGGGCUCAGCGCCAUAUUGAGAGUGGCUUCCAUCCCAUUGAUGUUGAUGGACUGGAGGAGGGCGGUGCUGGUAGUUCGUCGGCCGGUGGCAAAGGGAAAGAGAUUGAUCGAUCUGGCGGAUCUGCCAACACAUCACAAUCAGCGGAUAGUGCUCAGAGACAUCUAGAAGAUAGUCGCGCUCAUUUCCAUCGAGAGGCGUCUGGUACAGGCCAGUCUGCGGCCUUCGACCCUCGCAGUACCGAGCUUCCCUCACAUCGAUCUGCACUCCGCAACCUUUCCGAGGGAUCAUCGUCUGCCUCGUCUUUUGCAGAAUCUUUUCAAAAUUCAUUACGCAAUGACAGCAAUAACCUUGCCCCUGGUUCGUCAUAUGGCCACAGCCCAAACACUUCAGGGUUGAGCCUGAGUCAGGGCGAGCCGACGCAAAAUGACACCCCUGGAACGGAGCCCAUGUUCAAUUUCAAGAGCCUUGCCGAGGCCAUCAGUCCAGAGGACAAGACAAAGGAUGCAGAGCCGCAGUACAUUGAAGAUGUGGCGGAGAAUCAGCCGACGCGCCUAAGUGGCAAAGCUCCCGAGCUCACCUUGAACCUGGAUCCCACGAUCCGAGAACCCCUUGGAGAAAGUUUGAUGACACUUAGGCCUGAGGAGGCAGCAGCUCAAAUCCCUGAAUCACAACCACAACCACAACCCCAAUCACAUUCUCGACUUCACCACGAGGACGGCGCCGACAUCAGCCCCGCUCCUCACGUGCAUUUGGUCACUGACGACCAUUCGCACCACAGUGACCAGAAACAUAUUGGAGAGCUAAGUGUGAAUACACUGAGCCAGGAGGCCACCUAA